GGUAUGUCACAACAUCAUAAUUCGACCCUAAAUGAUAAUGCCAGCUCCAUAAACAAAAGUAGGUCAAUAUCAUUAAUUCAUAAGGAGGAAAAUGUACAACAUGAAACAAUUCUGGAUAAGUCAUCGACACCUGCGCCUAAUGAACAACAUAUAUCUAAAUCUACUAAUACGUUUAGUAUACUGGCUGGCGUGACGUACAAGGAAAAUAAAAUGACACAUAUCGAAACCGGUCCGCCUCAAAUGACGGGAAGUCAGGAGAUCAGCUGUUUUGCCUCCGGCACACAAAACACCGCGAUAAGUAACAUUGACCCAAGCAAUGAGGGCGUGCAUGGUAAAGAGGAGGAUAAAUGGAAAACUGUUACCUAUCGUAAAAGAAAAUCUUCUGGUCGCUUUAAUGGACAGGUGGGAACGGCUACUUGUGAUAUCAACAGCAAGUUCAGAGCGGCUGAGAAAUGCAUUCCUAUUUUUAUAUCCAAAAUACACCAGGAUACAAACGAGAAUGACAUAAUCGAUUAUAUCAAAACAAAAACUCAUGAAAGUGUAUCGUUAGAAAAAAUCAUAAUGAAAAAGAAACAAAAUCAUAAAGCUUUCAAAUUUUUUGUAUGCGAGAGUAAAUUACCAUUAUUUCUCGACACUAGUCUGUGGCCUAAAGACAUUGUUUUUAGGCGUUUUGUGCAUUUCAAGCACAGAUAUGCGAACACGAACAGAGGUGCAACUGAAGGCGGCAUGUAACUAUAUGUAUAAAUAAUAAUGGAACAACACAACAUAAAAUUAACUACUUUUAACUGUAAAAGUGUCAAACGAUCAAUUAAUUAUGUUAAACAACUUUGUAAAUUCUACGAUAUAAUCGCCUUACAAGAAACGUGGCUAUUACCGAAUGAAAUAUCAUAUUUAGGUAAUAUUAGCAGCGAUUACUCGUUUACUGGAACAUCGGCGGUGGAUACAUCUAGUGGUAUGCUGAAAGGGCGGCCGUACGGCGGAGUGGCGCUUCUGUGGCGGAGUAAUCUGUUUCAAAGUGUAUCUGUGCUACAGUGUAGUAAUCCACGCGUAUGUGCGGUUAAAAUAGUGUCUAACGAUCGGCCGUUUAUAGUUGUCUGUGUGUAUAUGCCCACGGAUUGUACAGAUAACUUACCUGAGUUCACGGAUUGCCUUAGUGCGGUGAGUGCAAUAGUAGAUGAAUGUGAAGUGGAAUCUGUUUAUAUCUUGGGAGACUUUAACGCGCAUCCAGCCGGCGUGAUCCUGGGGCUGGUGAUCGUGGGGUCGACGGACGCCAUCUUCCGCGAGCCCGGCGAGACCAAGGGGCCCAACAGCCUCAUCACCGGCGACCUGCUCAUCAUCGUGGCGCAGGUCAUCACCUCCUGCCAGAUGGUCUACGAAGAGAAAUACGUUAGAGGGUUGAACAUCCCGCCGCUGCAAGCGGUGGGGUGGGAGGGCGUGUUCGGGUUCUCGGUGCUGUCCGCGCUGCUGGUGGUGUUCUACUGGACGCCGGCGCCGCCGCACUUCGGCCACAACGCGCGCGGCACCGUCGAGGACGCCGUCGACGGCCUAGUGCAGAUAGGAAAUAACCCCGUACUGCUAGUGGCGAUUCUCGGAACGAUAGUCUCGAUCGCUUUCUUCAACUUCGCCGGCAUCAGCGUGACCAAGGAGAUGUCUGCCACCACCAGGAUGGUGCUGGAUUCCGUAAGGACGCUGGUGAUCUGGAUGGUGUCGCUGGCGGUGCGCUGGCAGGUGUUCCACUGGCCGCACCUGCUCGGGUUCGCCGUGCUCAUCUACGGCAUGGCCGAGUACAACGCGCUCGUGCCGCGCUGCCGCCGCGCGCCUGCCCCCGCGCCCGCGCCCGACAGCGCCGCCGCCGACGACGACCACGAGGAGGCCUAGCUCCGCCCCUGCCGGCGUGGUUGCUUAAUGAAAACGACGCAGCCGCGAACGCGUUCGAUCACCAAACGAAGAAUGACAAUGCGCUUGCUAUGAUAUAUUUUUACCGUGUUCGAUUUCAAGGGGUUUUCCUACAUUUCGUUGAUCGCGAUCAAAGCAU